UGGGAAUUAUUAGCAUCUGAAUUAAUCUGAGACAUAGGGUAUAUAUCAUACAUCUGUUUGGGCAUAUCUAAGAAUAUUGGACGAGGCAGAUAAUUUAUUCUUAAUUUUCCUCGUCCAUUUAUAAGCUCUAUAUAUAACCCACGUAAACCCACAACAACAAAUAAACCAUUAGAACUUUAAAAAAAACACAAUGAGAUCUAUAGCCGAUAUUCAUGGCGCGAAUAGAGGAUCUCCUCCUAACUUCGUUGCUGAUGCUAAAGCUGCACUUGGUGAAUUCUUUGGUAUGGGGGUUUUUAUUUUCUUGGCUUUGUCUGGUGUUCAGGCCGCUCUUGAGGCACCUACAGGUUUACCUGCUUCCAGAGGACCUACCGUAAGUCAAAUCCAGAGUGUCGGUUUUAGUUUUGGUGCAGGCAUCACAGUAGGACUAUUUUUGUGUGGUCCUAUAUCCGGAGGUGUUUUGAACCCUGCAGUUUUAUUAAGUUUAGUGCUCUCUGGUAAUAUCAAUUGGCUCCGCGGUAUAUUAUAUUUUUUUGCUGAGAUGGGAGGCGCCAUCAUUGGUGCUUACUUUGCAAACUUCGUCACCGCGCAUGAAUUACAAGGUGUUAAUUUGUUAAACCCUGGGUUCAAUUAUGCUCAAGGUUUCUUCGCAGAGGCAUUACUGACGUGUACGCUAUGCUUGACUGUACUAUUUAUUAUUGUUGACAAGACCCCGUUAGCAGAAUUUGCUCCGUUCGUGGUCGGCCUUUCCGUUUUUAUGUGUCAUAUUGUGGGUACACCAAUCGAUGGUACAUCCAUUAAUCCCGCGCGUUCUUUCGCUGCAUCUAUUGUGUCCGGCAAAUGGGCAAACCAUUGGAUUUUCUGGUUUGGUCCUUUAAUCGGUGGCAUCUUUGCCUAUUUUAUUUAUAUGACGUGUAAGAUUCUAACAUCUGAGCCUCAAGGUGAAGAAUUAGCCAAGCAAGCCGAACAGCAAGAACGUGAAGAGAAGGAUGAUAAGGAGCGCCAAGACAGAUACAAUAGAAAUGCCCAUUCAACUCAAGUACCUGAUCCUCAUGCUUACAAUUCAAAUAUCAAUCAUGAUCGUACUUACAACACAAAUUCAGUUCCUCAAAAUACGACCUAUGUACAAAGUGGUCAUCCCGAUCCUCAGAACCCUGGUUACAGUACAAAUUACGCUCAAAAUACAAAUGGUCCUGCCAACAUCAAUCCAAAGACUGAUAAAAAUCCUACCGGUAGUGGCUCUAAUCAUGUAAAUGGUGUCCCCGUUAGCAUUGCUAACCCCAAGACGAAUGUUUGA